AUGCCGACCGUCAAACCUAUUCUACCGCCCUUAAAAACCCCCAAGAGCGCAAGUUUUCCGUCAGAAUUCCAUGACGACUGCCCCUCCAGUAUCUCGGAUGCCAUCAAACAAGAGGAGGAUUCCCUCACUUCCAAGACGUCCACUCCCCUCACCCCUCAGUCGGCCAUUCCAAGCUCCUAUUUGAGAUUUCUGGAGGACUACAACUCCAAAUCUCCACUCAAAUCUACCUCCACCUUGCCGUCGUCUCAGCCCGUUAGUGCAUUGAGCGGCACCUUUUCUCUCGGGGAUUUUGCUCGAUCCCCUACUGUAUCACUGCCACCACCAACACCAUUGUCCGCGGUAUCUUUGCGCCGAAAUCUCCCAGUUCCUCGACGCCUCCGCAUUCCCGCCUCUUUAAAAUAUUCCCCCGUUACCGAGUCGCCCAAGAGUGCCACAUCGCUACGGACUCCCUUUUCUCCAUCAAGUGACUGGAGGCUUCGAUAUAUUGAGCCACCACGCAGCGCGAGUGGAAAACCCGUCAGUGUGAAGCAGGUGGUCACUCGGACUGUGACAUACAAACGCACGCAUCUCGAUGCUCCUCCCAAGGGCAAACGGCGCAAGUGUCGCGAAGGCAAAGACAUCAAAGACAUCAAAGAGGCCAAGGGGCUCAAGGAGUCAAGGGCGCACCAAGAGUCCAAGGAGGUACAAGGAAAGGAAGAUCAUGGGAAGGUGUGA